CGGAGAGGGGAGCGUGGGGUGGGUCGGGUGCGCGCGUCCGGCCCGCGUAGCCGGGGGACAGCGAAGACCCUCGUUCCGAGGGGCCCAUGCGGCUGCUGGUGACCGGGAGGGCGUGGAGCGGGCCGGGGCUGGGCCGGGGAGCGGGGUGGGCCAACUCCCGCUGCGCUCUGCUCACCUGCCCACGGGGGCGGAGCGGGGCGAGGGACGCGCCUGCCUCAGCCUCCGCCCCCGCCCGCCCGGGAGGAAGCGGAGGGGCGCGGUGUAAACAGAACGGCGGCCGUGAUGUCAGCCGGUCACAUGGAGCCUCUUAUGGCUCGGGAUGGCUCUCGGCGGGCGGGCAGCUGCGGCGGCGGCGGCUGGGGCGCGGCGGCGGCCGAAGGGCUCCGGGGUCGGACCAUCCGCUGUCCUGCGCUCUCCGCACCGCGGCUUGAAUGAUGUAUUUUGUGAUCGCAGCGAUGAAAGCUCAAAUUGAAAUUAUUCCAUGCAAGAUCUGUGGAGACAAAUCAUCAGGAAUCCAUUAUGGUGUCAUUACAUGUGAAGGCUGCAAGGGCUUUUUCAGGAGAAGUCAGCAAAGCAAUGCCACCUACUCCUGUCCUCGUCAGAAGAACUGUCUGAUUGAUCGAACCAGUAGGAACCGCUGCCAGCACUGUCGGCUGCAGAAAUGUCUCGCCGUGGGGAUGUCUCGAGAUGCUGUGAAGUUCGGGCGGAUGUCGAAGAAGCAGAGAGACAGCUUGUAUGCAGAGGUGCAGAAGCACCGGCUGCAGCAGCAGCAGCGAGACCACCAGCAGCAGCCCGGGGAGGCCGAGCCGCUGACGCCCACCUACAGCAUUUCGGCCAAUGGGCUGACGGAGCUCCACGAGGACCUCAGCACCUACAUGGACGGGCACACCCCCGAGGGCAGCAAGGCCGACUCAGCCGUCAGCAGCUUCUACCUGGACAUCCAGCCCUCCCCAGACCAGUCGGGGCUGGACAUCAAUGGCAUCAAACCCGAGCCCAUUUGUGACUACACACCAGCAUCCGGCUUCUUUCCCUACUGUUCCUUCACCAAUGGAGAGACCUCCCCGACCGUGUCCAUGGCAGAGCUAGAACACCUUGCCCAGAAUAUAUCCAAAUCACACCUGGAAACCUGCCAGUACUUGAGAGAAGAGCUGCAGCAGAUCACGUGGCAGACCUUUCUGCAGGAAGAGACUGAGAACUAUCAAAACAAGCAGCGGGAGGUGAUGUGGCAGUUGUGUGCCAUCAAAAUUACAGAAGCUAUACAGUAUGUGGUGGAGUUCGCCAAACGCAUUGAUGGAUUUAUGGAACUGUGUCAAAACGAUCAAAUUGUGCUUCUAAAAGCAGGUUCUCUAGAGGUGGUGUUCAUCAGAAUGUGCCGUGCCUUCGACUCUCAGAACAACACCGUGUACUUCGAUGGGAAGUACGCCAGCCCUGAUGUCUUCAAAUCCUUAGGUUGUGAAGACUUUAUUAGCUUUGUGUUUGAAUUUGGAAAGAGCUUAUGUUCUAUGCACCUGACCGAAGAUGAAAUUGCAUUAUUUUCUGCAUUUGUACUGAUGUCAGCAGAUCGCUCGUGGCUCCAAGAAAAGGUAAAAAUUGAAAAAUUGCAACAGAAAAUUCAGCUAGCUCUUCAACACGUCCUACAGAAGAAUCACCGAGAGGACGGGAUACUAACAAAGUUAAUAUGCAAGGUGUCUACGUUAAGAGCCUUAUGUGGACGACACACGGAAAAGCUAAUGGCAUUUAAAGCAAUAUACCCAGACAUUGUGCGACUUCAUUUUCCUCCAUUAUACAAGGAGUUGUUCACUUCAGAGUUUGAGCCAGCAAUGCAAAUCGAUGGGUAAAUGUAUCACCCGAGCACUUCUAGAAUGUCUGAAGUACAAACAUGAAAAAGGAAAGAAAACAAAAAUUAACCAAGACACUUUCUAUGGCCCUGCACAGCCCUGGAGCGCCAACACACUGCACAUCUUUUGGUGAUCGGGGUCAGGCAAAGGAGGGGAAACAAUGAAAACAAAUAAAAGUUGAACUUGUUUUUCUCAUGCAUAUGAUUUCCAUUAUGCCUACAGAUAUGGACCCUUUUUCUGUCUCAACUUGAGUGCUGACCUGUUUACAACAGAAGGAGGGUACUAACAUCGGAGGAUUCCUUUUCUUGUAGCUCACUGCCCGAAGACUUUCUACAGAGUCGUCAGGCUGUCAGUUCCCACAGAGCGUCCAGCAGUGAUCGGUGACGGUGUGCAUAGUGGAAGUUGCAGCAUUACUUUGCUCAACUUGCUCUUUGUUUCAUGAAGGAAGUCUUUAUUUUCUCACCGAUAACUGCCAGUCAGCAGGAUGGCAUGAAAAGGGUCCAUAGCACUGGCAACAAUAGCAUUAUAAUAUAUUACAGGGUAAAUGGGCAUGAAGACUAUAUAUAGCUAAAAGAGAUAUUGUUUAUAUAUUGUUUUAAUUAAUAUAAAAUGUAGUUACUGGUGUAGCUUUUCCUGUUGAAUUGAUAAGGCACUUUCAUUUUGCACCUUUUUCUUUGAAUUAAAUGCUAGCGUGUUCACUGUCGUGUCGCAUGUGCACCAGAAACACAAGUUUAACUGAGAAGGCUCGGAAGGUACGUCGGGAGGUAUUUAUGCUGCUGUUUACAAACUGACUUUUAAAAGACUGGCUGGUCAUAUCUAGAAAUCAACAUGUUGGACUUUUUUCCACACGUGAAUUUGAAAUUAGAAACAGAACUCUCCCUAAGUUAUAUUUUGCUUUUUGAUAAGUUUAAGGAUAGAUGUGUUUAUGCUUCAUACAAAGUUGAAUGAUUGGUGCUGUGGACUUAAACCAUCAUGCACAUUUUUUUAAAUUAAAAAAAAAAAAAAAGCUUUUUAAAAUGCCACCUUUCGGAGGCAGGGGAGGCUCAUUUUACACAAUUCAGUAGUCACGUGGACUCAGCCUAAACUUGGAAAUAAAUCAGUACCCAGAAUAUUUAUUGGAAUCUAGCUUUUAUUAUAAGAACCCAAAGAUUCUAUCUGGAACAAGCACACACUCCCCACAUGAGGACAUGAUGCAUUCUUUGAAUGUUUAUGCUCUUGGUAUAAUCUAGGAAACUUACACAUUUAUCUCAGAGUGAUCCGAUUCUAGACUAGUCCCUACAUGCCACUAUUCUAGACUACAGCUCUCCAUAUUUGGUAGACGAUGGAUAGGACGGUGAGGGAGGUAUACAAUGUUGAACCAGUUUCUCUUAUUUAAUAUUAAAUAUUUUAAGCCUUUAAAGUGAAGUGGAUGCUAGCUGCAAACAUUUACUCUUGUAUUUAUCUUCACUAGAAAACUGUGGAUUGUAAUUUAUUUUAUUAAAUAUUUAGAAGACUGUCUGGCUUUUGUGUUGAGGUGAGAAAUAUUGAGUUCUUUUUGUUUAAUUUCCUGUUCUUUUUUUAAUCAUCCCCAGUGGGGAAUGGCAAAGGAACAGUCUGAUGUACAAGGGUACAUAUUUUGAAAACAAGUGACCUUUUGGGAAUGUAGGCAUUUAGAUUUUAAUCACAUCCAGAGUGGGAUUCAAACUACUGGUCCAACAUCAAAGACGAUGUUUGUAAGGAAAAGACAGUAUCUUCCAUGGUGUGACAGUGGGAGUUUCUGAGAAGCGCACACAUUCAAAGGCCUCCUCUGCCACAACGACCCCCUCAGAAUCUUCUGCAGGACUGCGGCCCCUGCUGUUGAGCUGGACCACUAGGACUGGCUUCUCAGAGCACUUUACUCUGCUUUGCACCUCACUGAUUUCCUGACUCGUUUCCUGAGGCACUUGGAGAAGGAAUUAUUCACACAAAAGUGUGUAUGAAGCCUAAAUAACAUCCACAUUUUUUUUCAAAAGAUAACAUAAAGGUUUAACCAUAAAUAGAAGAUGAGAGUAAUAUUUACUUAAAUUUCUUACAGGCAUAUAAAAUUUUAUGUGAGUGUUUAUAUAGAGAGGUUAACUGUCAGCAUAUAGUAUUUAUAUUUGGGCAAGAAGGGUUAAAUCAAAUUUUUAUUUAAGUAAGCAUAGUUCCUUUAAAGUUUAAUAUUUAUACUCUGAAAAGAGUAGCAAGCUUAGUUCAAUUAUUUAUUUGUCCAUUAUAUGAGGGUAAAUGGUGUGGGGUCUCUUGGGGGAGGGGGUAUUUUGGUUUUUGUCAUUCAGAUUCACUAAAUUUGGGGAUGGUUUUAUUAAAGUAUAAUAACUUCUUUUUAACCAAAGCUUUCUGAAUAUGACCAGCCUCAGGUGCUAGCGUAUUAAAGAGCAACUAAACCUAAUUCCAGUGUCCCAUUUGUGAAUAAGAAGAGCUAAUUGAACUUCUCUAAGGGUGAGAGAGAAAGUAAUGUGGAACUUAAAAAGAAAUUCCUUUGCUGGGGAUUUAGCUCAGUGGUUUCGCUGCCUGUUGUGCAAGCACAAGGACCUGAGUUCGAUCCCCGGUACCAAAAAAAAAAAGAAAGAAAUUCCUUUUCUCAGAAAGGAUUUUGCAUGUGUAUAAUGCAAAACAAAAAUGCUCUAAUCUCAUUAAUAGUUAUGACAUGGUGACAUUGCUUUUAUAGUAAACCAAGACAGAGUAACACGAUGCUGCUUCUAGGUGUUUCUGAAAGAAAAGCAGGUGAACUUUCAGAGUAAAGUCCACUGACAGUGUAGGAACAGAAUUGUAGAGACAGAGACGUGCUUGGAGAAACUGAGGGAACAACUAUUAUUUGGAUCUAUGUUGGGAUCUGAAGCUAAACAAUAAAUGCAGUUGAAAGAAAUUCUGAGUCUAGAAAAGGAUGUGAAAACAUUUGCAUUUUUAUUUUCUUCCUAAACACCUGUGUGAUGACACAAAACACUAGGUGAUACCAAAACAAUUAUUCUUGAUAGUUUAUAUAAUCAGAGUCUCCUAAACUUAAAUAUCCAGUAGUCUUUUAAGGAUUGGAACCACAUUAUUGUCAACUUGGCUCCACUAACAUUUUUAUAUAAUUUUUAAAAACAAGGUAAAUGAGGUUUUGUACAAAGCAUUGUACCACUGCUACAAUGGUAUCCAAACAAUCAUACCGUAUUGUGAAAAAACUGGCCAUGGUCACAGUGAAAUCAACAGUGCAGAUGAAAGUGCUUUUUGGACAGUUUGCAAACUGUGUUAAAGUUAUGGAUUUUUUAAAAAGUGUUCAGCAUCCUAAUUUGUGUUAAAGCUAUGAGUUUUUAAAAGUCUUCAGCAUCCUAAUUCACCCUUCCUAACCUAAGGAAAACCUAAGACACUGCUUCUAAGUUUGGUUGUUCUUUAUAGUGUGGAUACCCAGAUCUCUGUGAGCAUAUGGGAGUGGACGGAGGGUCGGGCGAGGAAGGCGUGUGUGUGCGUGCGUGUGUGCCUGUGUAUGUGUGUGUAAGACCUGCGUGUGUAUGAUGUGCAUGUGUCGGACCGCUUCUAGGCUACUAAGUGUCAAUGGAAAAGAAAAUGUAUUCAAAAUACUUAAAUCAAAAUUAGAAGAUGGAGAAAAAAAAGAUUUAUUCUAUACAAAGCCUUGUCUGGACCACUUUAGAGAGACUUCUAUUUUUUUAACCCUUCUAUAAAUAUUUGAUGGCACUUGAAAUAUUCCUGCAAUAAAAUGUGAUUUGUGUAAAGAAAAAAAAGAUUUUGUAAUGUGAAACAAAGAAAGAAAGUAAUGUAAUUUUCUAAAAAAAAAAAUACAAACAAACAAACUUUGUAUUAUUUUCUUGAUGGAAUUUGUCUGUCUUUGGAAAACUUUUUAUUUCAUUGAAUGUGCCAUAGUAGGGAUUUGUGUUUUUCGUUUUAGACAAAGGAAUGGCUGUUUGUGUUCCGACAUUCCAAAAUACAAAGCAACGUAGCGAGUCCUCAAUGCAAAGGUCUGAGCGGUGUGUCAGCUUCUCACUGUUGCUCUUUUGCACAUGUUCUUCAUUCCUCUCCAGUGCAAUAUGUACAUAGAGCACUUGCGGGUGUACCUUGAACCCUCAGGGAAAAAUACAUAUUUGUACAGUGUUUUGUUUUUUUGUUUUGUUUUUUUUUCCUUUUGUUUUUGGCUAAGGAAUGUCGAUCGAAUCACUUGUUAUUGUUGAGGGGCAGCCAGAUAAUAAUCCUAAAGCCACUGUUGCAAACAUUGAUUGUUUAAAUCAUAUGUCCUUCCAGUGCUAUUAUUUUAAGAUAAUAAUAAAAGUUAUUUUUCUGACAGUCCUUUGUGCUGAUUGAUGAAAAAAAGGGUAAAUUAAGCACCUUAUGAUUGACUUACUGUGAAUGACAAUCCAUCUUGAUAUCAUUUUGGAGUUGGGGUUAAGAGUCAGAAACAAUGUGCUCAGGGAUCUUCUAAAACUCUUAAAACAGGGUGGCCAGUACUACUGGGACAAAUUGUUUUUUAUUAUUAAUAAUAAUAAUGUUAUCCCUCCAAGGCACAAAUGAACUAUGUAGAACCGUGUAUGCGUGUAAACUCUUCACUAUUGUCUCAUUUCGUUGAGUUCAAAACUUAUGUGCUCUUCGGUUUUGUGUAUUUAAGAACACGAAUAACUUGCAAAGCAGUGCAGAGUUACACAGUAUGUUCAAAAUAGAAAUGCACCAACAUGGUGCAUCCAAGUGCAGCCCUUACAUAUCCUAGUUACCAUUUCUCUAAUAAUUAAGAUAUUUUAAAAUAUUAAACAUUUUAUGUUUUAAACUAUUAUUAAGGAUAAAAAAUUUUAAAACCAGUGAUAAGACCUAUCAGUGAAAUGGAUAACGAUGCAACUUUUUUUUAAUGCCAGCAAUUAACUUGUUUUCACUAUGUUCUCUAGAAGUUAACCAAACAUCCCUUUAUCUAAAACAGUUCUAACUGACACAUCUGUAGUUUGUAGAUAUCUGAUGAACUGCUGUAGGAGCUACUGUUUAAAGACAAAUCAAACUCCACUUGUAUGACAGCUACUUCACCUAGCUCUUAGGGUUACACAUCAACACUUUAAAAAUAAUCUUUGUUUACACAUUCCCAUAUAUUACUUUACCUAAAGUCAGAGGAACUCAGUCUGAUUGCUGGUUCUGAUUCUUCCACCCUUGGAGUAGACUACAUUCACUCUAUUUACCUAUUACUGUUGAGAAGCAUAAUUUGGGAAAACUUUCCGUGCCUAUCACGUGACAAAGGUACUUUCACCUUGUUAAGAAUAUGAAAAAUUGCAGAAAUCUCCCUCCCCAUCUCAUUGCUUCCUUCCAUUUAUAUUCAUACACACAGGUGGUUGAUAUUUUUACAUAGUAUAACAUGUGAUUGCCACUUAUAAUAAAGUUAUGAUACAGAACCCCAUGAAAGAGACUUUAUACUACAGCUCAAAUUAUGUGCCCAGAAAUACAAUUGCAACAAUAAACCUUGAUCUGUUGCUAAUGGUGUAUAACACAGGUCUUCAUUUUGUCCCUAAACACCAGUACAUGAAAAGGUCCCACCAGAGGUGAUUAAAGAGGCCUUCCUAUUGCUCUUUUUUUUUUUUUUUUUUUUUUUUUUAAGAGAUGAGAAGGUUGACUAGCAAUGUCUCCAAAAGUAACUGGUUUCACUUCCAGGUCUGUUUCCUUGUUUGUGUGUGUAUGUAUCAGUUUUGUCAGGCUCUCAAAAUAAAAAAAAUAGUCCAGAAGCCUGGCUUCAUACCAUGGAGCCAAGUUAGGGAGGGGGCAUCUCCAUGUUCAACCACACCCUCAGAACUUAGAGCAAUAAAUACAUUCAGUCAUUUAUUUCCUUAUAAAUGAAUGACAGAAUAUUCAAUCCAAAUAGAAACCACCUUUUUUCAGUGAUGCAACAUAACAUGGAGUCUUGUGUGAAGAAAGUGAAUCUGAAUGUUUUCAAAUAGAUACCUAGAGAAUCCGUGUCUGCUGUUUACAUUUGGUGUGCUUUGCCACAUGAGCAGUACCACACUUUUGUCUUUGAACCUUCUGGGGGCUAAUGAAUGAUAGUUUGCUAUUAGCUCUGAUGUACUGCACAUGCCAUCAUGUUGUUCUCUAAGAACAACAAAAUUCUCUCCCAUGUUCCUUUCUCACUCACUGUUACUCUAACGUGGAUGAAUACUAUUUUUAGGAACUUGAUUAUCAAUGAACAGAUUGCAUUGGAAAUGCAGAUCAUUCUUGAGCAAUAUAGUGAAUAUGACUUCACACAAAAAAAUCUGUAUGUACUGUACACAUCUUCCUGAAUUCAAAAUUCUCUUCUUAUCCACAAUGGUUUGAAAUCUCAUAUAUAACAGUGGUAAAUGCUUAAACAUUAGGACAUUAGCUGGCUGCUUCUUUAAAUGUACCUGUGUUGUCUGUUGCUCCUUUUGUGGAGAUGUGUUUUUGUAUUGGAUGUUUGGGCCAAUGGGAGGCUUCAAGCUACAACAUAUUUUCCCAGUUUAAAUAUAUUUAACAUAUGACAAACCCCAGACAAGGCUUUUAAUAUGUAUAAAGAACUGCAGUGUUAGGUGGUUUAUUUGCAAACCGUUUUCAAUAUUGUCCAUUUUUAUGGCACCUUUAACAAUAUUGUUUCCAAAGUACAAAAAAAGGUUAAAUAAUCUAGCCAUAACUGAAUGUCAAGCAAUAAAACAAAUGACUUUUGUGCAUAGACUUAAAAAAUACAAAUUUUAGACAUCUGCAUGUAAAUGCAAUCUCUUGUUUACUGCUUUCAACUUGAGCGAUUGAUUCCUUAUUUACUAUUAACUUAAGAACUUGUAAUGGCCUGUAAACAUUUUCUCUCUUACUCUUCCUUCAAGUUUACCUUCGUCCCUGCUUUUGAGUCAUAAUAUUUAAUGUUGUUCUGCACAUCUCUAUACAGUUAACUUUUUGGCUUUCAUUCUGUAUAGAUAAGAAAAUGUUAUAUUAUAAACAGCCUACUCAGUGCAAAUAUUUAUCUGUUUAUCAAAUCCACAAUAUGCUGUAUAAUAUCGGUUUUACUAUAUAAUCUAUUUUAGACAUAGCUGUUUAGAACUAGAGUGUGCUAUUUUUGUGUUUUUCUGAUGUGUGGUGCUAGAUAAGUUACUUUUGUGAACAAAAAAAAAUUAUCCCUUUUAUUCCUAGACAAUACCACCUUUGGGUCUUGUUAAUUUCACUGAGUAUAACUAUAUAUUUGUAUAUAUAUACAUAUUAUAUAUAUAUAUAUAUACACAAAUAUAUAUAUAUAUCUACCUGUGCCCAACUAGCAGCUGUAUCAGAGUGCUAGAUUUGGGACAUGCUUUUCUCUUUAAAUACAUACUGUCAUUAUAUAAAUUAUUCUAGAGUAUAUUUAAUUAGGAUAAAAUUACUUCCUUAGUAUGGAUAUUUGACAUCUAUAUGGUGAAUCUGUUUAUAAAUAUGGACAUAUGAAAAUUUAUUUGCAUUGACUUUUAUGUUUGCUACUAUUUGGCUUUAUUCUAUAUCUCCUUAGCUGAAAAAUACUUGGCCAGACCUUCAAGAUCCCAAAGAAACAUUCUCAUUUAAUGGAAUAAUACAUUUUUCUCUUAAGGAAUUAUAUCAUUGGUACUUGACAGAUUUGUAUACUUAACUCCUAUUCUAGAAUAUAAGCAAUUAUAUCAAAUUUUCAUGGUGGCUUGACAGCAGACUAGACCUUUCCCAGCCUGAGUCAUAAGAAGUAUGGAAACAUCCAUUGGAAGAACAUGGGCCAUCCAAUUCGACAAAGGAUAGUGUGUUUUAACAUUAUCUCAACCAUCUCAACUAGUUCUAUGAACUGAAUAAAACAGCUUCAUUUCUACAGUCAUUUAAUAAUGAGCUUAAACACUUUCAUUUAUUUUCCCAAAACCUACUGGCAUUGUUAAAAAUCAGACUAUAUCAAAUAUCUAACUAAGGAUGUAGUUAGCCUUAUUAAAUAUUGAUUAGAAUUGUUCUGUAAUAUUACUGAAUUUGUAAGAUCUUUAGCAAAGAUUUUUGAGCAAUUUAUAAAUAUAGAGCAAAUGUUUCUGUUUACUGCACUUUUUGUAACUGAAAGUGAUAAAUUCUCAAGCCAUGAUCAGUGGCUCCCAUGCACUGCAUAUUUACCCACCAUUCUAGAUAUUUUCCAUUUUUAUGGAAGAGUUCAUAUUACCUUAAUUAUAAAUGCAAUUGUGUGGUUCAUGAAAGCGAAUGCUAAUAGUUAACCCUUUAGAGUGAAUUGGCUACUGUUUAGGGAGAAAUCGCUGAACACAAAUCACGUCAUUCCUUAACUGUCUCACUUGGAAAGAGAUUAAAACUUUUUUUAAGGCACUAUUUAGCAUCCUAAGCACCCCUAGGGUAGACAGUGUAUCUCUUUGUGCCUGCACAAUGGCCAGCACAUGUCAGCAUCUGCUAAUUAUUAAAUUACAAGUGGCCCCAAUUAAAACUUUUUUCCUGGGUUGUUUUGGCAAAUUUAUGAAGUAUACCAAGCCUUAUGAUUAACAUUUUCUUCUACAACCAAGAAUAAAAACCACAUUUAAAAAGACCACAUGAAAUGUUGAUUCUAAUUGUGUGUAGGUCUUGAGGAUUAAGCACACAAAUUUCACAAAACUCUGUGAGUAACAAACUCAGCCUUCUGUAAAUAUACAUGCAAGUUUGAAAAGUGAUACUGUACCUAUAAACAUAUGCUGUCUGUGUACAGUAUGUAAAAUCUCCUUUUCUGCCACACUAAAAAUGCAAGCCAUUUACAAGAAUCCUAAAAAAUAGCAUUGAACUAAAACUUUGCUAAUGAUCUUUAUUAGAGCAUCAUCCAACUUCUCACUUACAUUGGGUUUUCUUUUCAAUUCACUCUUUACAGUAGUCUGCUUAUUUCCAGCUGUUUAUUUUCUUGACUCUUGAAUUUAAAAAAAAAUAUUUUGAUUCAUUUUGUAAAUACAAGCUGUAAAAAAGAGAGAUUUAAUGUUGUCUUUUAAAUACUCCGAUUUUCAUUCUAAUAUGAAUGUUGUUAUAUUGUACUUAGAAACUGUACCUUUAAUAUUACAUUACCUUUAUUAAAAGUGCAUCGAACACAUCAAUUUUAGAUGUGCUUUAUGUACUGUUAUCCUAUAAUAAAACUUCAGCUUCUAAUGGAA